UGCACCAUGACACCCCGGCUGCUGCCCCUGCUGCUGCUGUUGGCCAGGCCCCCCGCCGUGCAGCCCGUCCCCCCAACCUGCUACUCCAGGAUGCUGGCCCUGAGCCGGGAGAUCACCAGGGACUUCCAGAGCCUGCAGGCCACAGCGCCCGCGGAGCAGUGUGUCAGAUACCUGCCCCGGCUGUACCUGGAUAUACAUAAUUACUGUGUGCUGGCCAAGCUGCGGGACUUUGUGGCAUCACCCCAGUGUUGGAAGGUGGCCCAGGUAGAUGCCUUGAAGGACAAAGUGAGGAAACUGUACACCAUCAUGAACUCAUUCUGCAGAAGAGAUUUGGUGUUCCUGUCAGAUGACUGCAAUGCCUUGGAAUACCCAACCCCAGUGACCACAGUCCUGCCGGAUCGUCAGAGCUAGGGCACUCCUGAGCAGAAAGAGAACCCAAGGGGCCUGUCUGCUGCCCAGAGGGUGGGCUAGUGCCAUGGUCUCUACAUGCGUCCCUGUUACUAUAACAUGACAGAAACUGUCACGUCCCUCCACCUUCUGGAGCAGCGCUGGGGCGUCCACCCCAGAACCUACUUUGAACAUAGUGAGAAGCCUUGCUUUCAUUCCCGUUGGUUUUGUCUUGCGAGGAUAGUUAGAUACACAAGCAUGUUUAUGUGAACUAACAAGAAAAGAGCAGACCAGUUUCCCCUCUAUGAACAACUGGCUUGAAAACAGGCAAAACAGUAUGUUUGUAUUGCGGCUUUAAUGGAGCAAUGGUACCAUUUUUCUUCCCUGACAGGAACCUGCUUACAUAUAAUGAAGCUAAUAUUUCAUAUCCUCUCCACAAAUUUUUCUUACAGUUAUCUUUCAUUUUAGGAAUUUCAUGGCCUAUCAGAUGUAGUUGCAAGAUUUGUGAUUGCAUAGUGCUGCUGGGAACUGCUUUUUCAUGGAAAAGUGAUGAAAACCAAAUAAAGACAAUC